AUGUGGAACCCUUCGUACGAUAUCAUCGUUGAAACGUUGACCGGAUCGGAGUUCGAGGUGACGGUCAACGAUCGGGACACGGUUGGAUAUCUCAAGUCCGAGAUUCAGAGAUAUGAGGGAAUUCCAAUCAGCCAGCAGCAUCUGCUGUACAAUCACAAGGAGCUAAGCGACACGAUGGAAAUGAAGGACAUUCCGCUAGUAAAGGGUUCGCGCGUGAAGCUCGUGCUUGGCAUGAAAGGAGGGCCAAUCUCGUCCAAGCGGCUUUUCACCAUUUCUUCUGACUACGAUAAUUGGCUCGACAUGAGCGAUGUGCUUUCCGGGGAAGACUUGAUUAAUCUACAGAGCCCAGGACUGAAAUUACUUCUUUAUAAAGACAACAAGAAAAAUGUUCAUCGGUUGAUGAAGGUACGAGCGGAGAAAGGUUGCGAUGGCAUGAAGGGUUCACUGUCGCGUUCCAUCAAUGGUAGCGGUGCAUCUGGCCAAGGAGCAUUCGGGGCUGGAAAUCACAUCAGUCAGAAGGAACGUGAUGCAAUUAUAACAAAACAGAAAAUGGAUCAAAUCAAAGCUAAAUUGAGCAUGAAAAAGAAAAAACUGAAUGCGUUGCAUCCAACAAAUUCUAGUGCAGCUGAGGGUGAUAAUGGACUUCAGUAUCGCCAGAAGAUCGAAAAUUCAGGGGAAGAGCGGGCAGGACCAAGCUCUGGUGACGCCGCGGAUGCCGGUAUCAAGGCCGUACGCAAUCAGAGUCAUUACCGACAUAAUAAAAGGCACCACCAUUACCACCAUCACCACCACCACCACCAUCAUCAGCAACACGAGACUGUGAUUAAAGAGGAAAAGACUCCAAUUGGCUAUCGUCCGGGCGCAAGUCGCGGAACUGCAAGCAGUAGCGGUGGUGGGGCGGCCCUUUUAGCCAGCGGACACAAUUCAUCGAUGGUGGGUGCCGUCGGAUCGAUGUUACCGAGCGCUGGCACGACAAGUGCAUCCCACCGAAAGUCUGUUCCGUCUGUGAUCGAUGUAGGCCGCCCAGAACAGGAACAUACGGUGCCACCUUUCGGAUAUGGGUUGAUGAAUCUACUACACGGUACCGCUUCCACAGCAGGGCGCACACCUACGCUAGAGCUGGAAAAACGGUCACAAAUACGCGAGCACUUGCAGAGGAAUCGUUCAUUUAAAACAAUUAGUGCGAAAAAUUUUGACUUUACGCGUGACAGUUCACCACAAUUUGGUGUUGGCGGAGGGUCCAUGACUGGCAGGUUGUCCGGCUCUGCAGGUCUCGAACGGUCACUAUCGUUCCAUUCAAACGGUGUGUUAAAUCGAAUGGGUUCCGAGACGACACUCGAUGGCUACAGUAACAUUCGACGAUGUGGUACUGGCGGCCAGAUGCUCAGUAACCCGCAGCACAGUACACGGCUGAGCGGUAGUGCAGCAGGUGGAGCCUUUACCACGCAAUCACUGCAUAAGCUGGACGAAAGUGCGGAAUCGUCUGCUUCGUUGCAUAAUCUGAUCCAUCUGCUGAAGUACACGCAGUCCAAACAACAUACCAUUUCGAACGAUUCGCUCAACAAGUUAAUGUUGAAGUAUUCGAAAAAGGUGUAUGUUCCCCAUCACCUGUACCACCAUUCUCCGGUUGGGAAGAAAUCUCUUCCAGAUAUAAAUCCCUCCUUGAACAACAUCGAUGAGUACGUACCAGAGUUCGACUUUGGUUUAAAAGCGCCUUCCAGUACGGCAACAGCAGCAGCGACAGCGGCUGGUGCCAUUCCUAAGAUGAUAACUCGUAGUGAAGAUGGCUCGGGAUGUAACGUAUCCUCUGCGGAAUAUGCCUUCAAAAAUGCUGGCGGUGGCGGGUUCGAAAAAACUUUUAGAACGCUUUACAAGUCAACAUCCGACGACAGCACAGUUUACGAACUACCAAAAUUAUUGAUACGCGAAGAUUCGCCGGUGGAAUCAUUUCUUGGAUCUUAUUCCCAGCUGGAAACAGUUACCACGCGGCGUGCAGAUUCACCCAAAAAUAGCUUCACAUCAAGCAAAAGCUUACAGAACGUCGACACCAACAGUGUAGAAGAUUCGGAUACGCAAAGCGUACGACCCGACGCCGGUCUGAUUGAGCUGAGACCGUUAGGUACGAACUCUACACCGUCGAUAGUUGGUGAAACAAAGCUGUCGUCUGAAUCGCUACUCCAGCUAGCGCAGAUCGCUGCGGAAAAUGUUAAAUCGUCCACUGGUACCACAGCAACGUCUGUGCCAUCGGCCAGUAUGUUUGGAAACAAUGGAAACCUUGUCAGCUCCGCUGUUGGUAAUAGCAGUAGUAGCACGACGUUGAUGGGUUCGGAUGAAGGUGGGAGUUCCUCGACCGGCUGGUGUCACCUUUGGAACCAUCGACAAAAGCAGCAAAAUCUCCAUCAUCACGAGGAUCCGGUUGUUUCUUCAAGUUUACAACAGCUAAACAAUUUGCACCAUCACCAUUCGGAUUUGGGUAUCAAUGAGUUGGAAAUGAAAUUUGUCCAUUCCGAUGGUGUAUCAAACUGUAUAGCGGGUGAACGCAUCACUGAAGCCAUUGACGAACUAGCUAGCAAAUAUACCAACAGGAUCAAGCUUCCUGCCAUUCCGAACGUGGAAGCUGAUAACGGUUGGCUGCAGCUGUCCUCGUGGGAUACGAUUCGUUUCGGAAGAGAUGACGAGGAUGCCGACGAUGAGGAUAUACCUUACGAAGAGGAAGUGCCAGGACAGGGCGAAGAAGAAGAAGAAGCGGAUGAAGACGACGACGAAAUCGGCCAAGAUCAAGGAAGAAUUACAUCUUCUUCCUGUUCCUCUGCAAGACGACCUCGAGAUUCUUCGAACUCUACCAGCUUCAUUCACAGCCAUCUGUCGAUAUCGUCAGAUGAGGACGAUCUUCUAAAUGUGACUGAACUGCGAGAAGUUGCCGGUUUAGCCGGAAGCGCUUACAAACCCGGUAGCAACAAAUCGAAAUCAAUCGACCUCAACGAAUUCCGGAAAGCGUUUGGUAGCAGUCCAACGCUACUGAAUGGCUUUGGUGGCGGAACGAGCUGCACGCGGCUUGUACCACAGCUAUCGCGCCUUGAGACGAUUCCUUCGCAAUACAGGCGUGGAUACACAAAUCUAAAUGACGCCUGUUUGUCGAGCUCUACCUCGGAGCUCGAGUGCGUUAGCAAUGGUGCCGCAAAGAAGAAACAUCCGGGAUUGUUACCGCCACCGUGCGAUGAUUCUGGUGGUCUUUCGUCAACAUUGUUGAAAUAUCGCAAAGACGGGAAUGUUCCUUACGUGCGAAGUAACGAAAAUUUGAACCGAUACAAGGUGUCUCUUUGUACGGGUUCGGCUUCCGUGAACAGUACGGCACGCAGGCGAAUGGGCGACAGUGACGAAGCCCUCACUGGAAACGAUGCUCUAUAUUUGCGUCAACGGCAACAAUCGCUUCCUGGUAGUCGUCAUCUGCCGGGGAUACGAGAUCACCUAGCUAGCAUUGCUGAUUCCGAAUUGAAUGAUUCGAUCAAUGGUAAUGGGAGCAGUAACGGUCGAUCGCAUGCAACUGACGAAAACGGUAAUGCGAAUACUAGCUUCACAAUCGGUGGGGAUUUCGAGUGUCGAUUUUCCAAACUAAGCUGUUGCUCUGCUCCUGAUGAAGAGGGAUCAUUGAAGCCUUUAUCUCCGGGAGGACAUCGAGCUACAGGAGCGAAUUACCGACGUAAAGAGAGUUCUUCUACCGUUGGUAGCAAUGGCUUGAUGCAUGCCGAUUCUUCCACCGAUGAUUCAUCACGGUUUCUAUUCGGUGAGGAUGGAGCUUCGAUGCAAUUCAACGGUACAUCCUGCAGCUCUUCUUCGACGCCACUACGACCCUGGGAUUAUUACUUCAACUCGGACGAAAGUUUGUUCAAUAUGGAUUCGUUCUUCGACGACUUUGUCGAGAUUGACUCUUGUCACAUUGUCGACAGUUGCGAAUAUGUGAACAUCAAUUCCGAGCCUGUAGGAAGAAAUGAAGACAAAUCUCCCUCGAGUGCUUCUAGUAAUGUGUUACUUCCUGAUAUCCGACCAUCUCAACAUCACCAGCGACAGCAGAAACAUCCGCAGCACGAACAACAAUAUCCCUACUUCAGUUCAGAAGAAAUUCUAGAAUUGCAACAACACCAGUUUUACAACAGUGUCAAAGCUGCUGGAGCGACAAGUGUCGACGAGGCAAGAAACAAACAUUUUUUCCGAGCCGUUGACCACCGAGGAGGAGCAGUUGCGCCUGAGAGUGAUGGCGCUGCCGAAACACGUUUCUCCGGCCGUCGUGCUUUCCUACAAGCUGGCCAACAAGCGGGAGACAACGAGGAAGAAGGUAUUGCUUCGAUCAUCCAACACAUCGACAGGGAACAGCUCUGUGAACAGCGGGCUUCUUCGGCUGAUGCGACCAUUGCUUCCUCGAUAAUCGUACAUGACGAUAAGGAGCGACUUCUGCGUCUUGCUGAGAUACCACUGGAUCGAAAAUCGCCCAUCGGUGGUAUGGGUAUCGACACCACGCAACAACACACGACAGAACAGAUCAAAUCAAAGAAACUGCGAUGCGCCCAGUGCAAUAAGAAGCUGGGAGUGAUUAUGAUCAUGAAAUGUCAUUGUGAAAAAAUUUUCUGUGCCCAACAUCGGUAUGCCGAGGCGCACAACUGCUCAUAUGAUUUUAAGGUCGAGGGUCGCAAGAUAUUGGAAAAAAACAAUCCUCUUGUGGUGGCGGAUAAGUUACCCAAAAUUUAA